CACACACCUCGUCACCCUCUCGUCAUGACUCAACGCACUCCCUUCUCCUCUCUUCUCGCUCUCGACCGCGUCGUCAAAAGAGGUAGUCGUCUCCCCUUUAUCCAUUGUCCGAUCGCGCCAUUCUCACCCCCAGCCCUUCCGUUCCUCAUGCCCGGCUUCCCCGCAGCAGGCGUCUUCUGCCGCGACGGGCCCCCCAGCCUCCUCCACUUCCACAACCACGACGUCUUCGCCGCCGACGACGCCGCUGCCUCCCUCCCCUCUCCCCCCGCCUCGUCUAGUUCGCUUGCGCGGCGACGCAAGCGCGUCGCUCUCUCCCUCUACGACCUCGACUGCACACUCAUCCGGCCGAAGAGCGGGUACAAGUUUCCACGCGGCGCAGACGACUGGAUGUGGUGGCACCGCGACGUGCCUAAGCGGUUGCGCGCCGACGUCGCUGCGGGUCGGCACGUCAUCGUCCUCACUAACCAGAAUGUGCAUGGCCGCAUGCUCAGAGACUGGAAGGACAAGAUUCGCAUGAUCGCUCACGAGAUCGAUGACGUGCCCAUCCGAGUCUUUGCAGCUCUCGACCGCGACAAGUAUCGCAAGCCCAACAUCGGCAUGCUCGAGUACCUCUUGCGCAUGUACGCUGAGCGCGGGUGGGAGGUCGAUCUCAAGCAGUCGUUCUUUGUCGGCGACGCUGCGGGUCGAGCAGGUGACCACAGCUCUGAUGAUCGCAACAUGGCUCACAAUGCCAAUCUCCACUUCCGCACGCCCGAGUACCAUUUCAGUCAGCCCUUCCCACGGCCCAAAACCUCGGACGAGGUCAUUUCCCCUCGGUAGAGCACCCCUUCCUCAACUCUGCCGCCCGCCCGGCUGCCCUCG